AUGUCAGACGUGAUAUUCGACGAUAUGUUCACGGUUAAGAACAUCGAUCCGGACGGCAAGAAGUUCGAUCGUUGCUCGCGACUGUUUUGCGACUCGGAGUCGUUCAGUAUGGAGUUGAUUUUGGACGUGAAUACGCAAAUUUAUCCUGUCAAUCUCAACGACAAGUUCCGACUGAUGAUCACCACAUCUGUUCGCGACGAUGGGAUGCCCGACGAAGGAGAACACGACCCUCAGGCGAAUUAUUCGCGGGUUGCACAGUUCGAAUACGUUAUGUUUGGACGAGUUUACCGGAUAGAGGGCGACGAUUCAGGGUCGGACGGAACCCGUAUUGCUGCGUAUGCGUCCUUCGGAGGCUUAUUGAUGAGACUGAAAGGAGAGGUAUGGUUUGUUUCCCAUUUGAGAACUUUUGAGUUGUUUUUCGAGCACUCGACAAUCGUUGAUAGCGUUCCAAAAAUGGUUGCAUUUCUGUGUAACGUUUAA